UCUUACGGGACAGACGUCGACUGCUCUUUACAAGCGAAUUGUGUAAAGUGAGAGAAGUUGUAAAGUUCGACAAGAUCUUUUUUUCACUGGUUUUUUUUUCACUCGAUGAAACCAGCGUUGUCUUACUAACUAGUAAAUAGCACACAUUAUUGCUUGAGUUCGUCUCUAGUUAUUUCGUAAGUAAAUAGUAAAGUUAAAAGUCGUAUUGUCUCAUCACAACAUAUUUUUUCUCAGAGCACGAACUGCAUGGUUUUUCGAACAUGCGAUAUGUGCCUCUGCAUCGUCUAAAACUGGUAAACCGUUCUGGAUGUGUGAAGUUAACGCAUCCGUGAAGUAUUUUAAUAGUAAAAUUGUUGAAUUAGAAUAAAGCGUGUGUAAAGGAUUGGAGUAAAAAGAAAGCAUCGAUAUGAGAUUGGACAAUUUUGACUUGUUUUUGUUGUCCUUCUUGGAUGCAAUUGAUUCCAAUUGAUCCAACUUCACGAUAUCAUCAGAUUAAUUGAGAUUACUAGUCUGUAGUUCCAUUAAUUAGUGAAAGGUGAAAGCGACGGGAAAUUAAGUGAAAUGAUAAAUACGGGGAAAAGUAAAUAUCCAGUUUGGAUUGUCAUCUUGGGUUUCACACUCCAUCUCCGUCAUGUUUCCGCCGUGGAGAUGCACUUCGAACCGAAGGAUGGCGGAUUUUUCCUCCGCUCCCCACAAGCUGGAUCCACGUCAACUUCAGCGACAUCCUCUGCAUCAUCCUCGGAAGACUUUUCCCCCACGGACUCGGAAUAUGGGGGUCCAGACCCGGCUGUUCUCAAGACUGAGCAUUUCACAGUCCUCCCUUCCAGCCAACCUGUCUCAAUCCGGGUGAUGUACGGACCCUUCAGCACGAAGCAAACCGUACCCAUCCGCCUUCUCGUCCCAGAUCCUCUAGACGGAGGAGGGAUGGGCAGCAACGGAAGUUACGGGGGUGGCGAACCGGAAAUGAUGCCCCCGCUGGAUUUGAGUGCUCACAUAGUCACACCCACGGUUCCAAAGGACACACCCAUACUGAGAGUUCUCUUCCAUGCUGGGCAGACGGCUUUUGGACUCCCCAUUACGCCACAAAAUCCUUCCAGGGGCACGAGGCAGCAGAGCGGAAAUGCUGGGAGUCGACGUCACCGGACUCGUCUCUGCCUUGUGGCUUCAGCUACGAAGGGCCCGGGCGAUGUUGUGACCUCAAGUUGCACUCCGGAUUCAAGAGAUUCUACAUGCUUGGCUGAGUUAACACUCCCAAUCCACUGGUGGCCUGAGGUCAACAACAACAACAACAAUUUUGAGGACAAUUCCGGCUACAGCUCUCCACCUCUGAAACCCACCAAGAUUCAUGUCCAGGUGUCGUAUGCCGUCUACGAGCCUGAGAAUGGACACUGCAACGAGGUCGGAAUGUCCACCACCCACAGCUCUGGAAUCCCAGGAGAAGGCGGGGGCACAAAACGAAUUCAGAUUCAACCUCCCACCCCCCUCGCAACGGUCAUGUUGGUGGAUGCUCAAAAGUCAUACCGCGUGGUGAAGGCGGAGGCCAGCGAUGCGGUCAAACUCCUCGUCCCGCAAGGAUCACUCUAUCCACAUGCCAAGUUUUAUGUGCCAGUCAUCGUUGGAAAGCACGAGCACCAGUCCAUCGUGGCCUUCAUUAUGAGGGCACGAGUCAAGAGUGGUUUGCGCAUCAUUGGAAUCGAGCCGAAUGUUGAUAAGAGUUGGAACAUUACUACAGACUUCAACCCAAGGAGGACACACGCCACAAUCACCGCUGUGAGAAAGUAUGACCCCAAAAUGAUGCAGCAUCACAAGAGUGAUGGGAGCAGCAACGGCGAAGAAGUGUUUAAUUGGAUUCUGGAAGCGGCGGAAGAGGCCGGCGAUGACUGGGAUGGAGGUCGUGUGGUAUGGAUUCUUCGAUACGUGAUCCAACCCAGUGCCGACACCAGUUGGAUGAAAAAAGAUCCCUUCGCCAAUUUUAGUGAUGAGCGGCAUAAGCUCACCACUCGCCUGGAAAUUCAGAAGGACGAUAUUCAAGCCGUUCUUCCUAUUGCAAAGAGCUGGGAAGUUGUCAACUCGGCGGUCCUCAAUGGAAAGCAGGUUUCUCGCCCCAUGAAAAUAUUCAUCGUGAGUCGUGCCGGUCAAGUGGCUGAUGUCACUCUUCAAGCAUCCUGUCGAUCCUUGGACGAGAGUGUGCUGAAGGUAUCUUCAUCCUGUACCUCGGUUUACGUUGAUGGUUCCGAAAUCCGUGGUUCCACAAAUGCCACAAUUGCCAUCAAGUACGGAACGUACGAAGGUUCAGCCCAAUUCACAGUGUGGAUGCCAGAAUUUCCACUCGACGUUCAACUUACAGACUCAAAGCUGAACCAGAUCAAAGGAUGGCGUGUUCCUAAUGGAGUUCGAGAGACCCAAGGGAAACGAGAAGUCUCGUCUUACACAAAAACGAUAGAGAUGCAGGCCGAUCAACCACAGCCCGUUAUGGAGGCGAGCUUACCAACGUCUUCAAACAAAAACAUUGGCACGUUGGCUACCGAUGUCAAUAGCUAUUACGGACCCACCGUCGGGGAUGGUGAAGAAGAUUUGGAUGAUCCUUGGGAUGAUCAUCAUGACUCGGAACUGGUGGACGAGAAUCAUAAUGGCGCUGCUGGAGAAUUUACCACGUUCAACUCCAAUCAUGAAGAACUACUCGUCGACAGAGAUGGAGACGAUGAGGAGGAGGACUCGGAAUUGGAGGACAAGUUUCACUGCCGACCCAGAUAUCAACAUACUCGGGUGGACGUGUAUGGUCGAUUCUUGGCCCAGGACCAAGAUUCUGGUCGGACUUCCUACUUUAUUUCGAGGAAAACCUAUCUCAAGAUCACAGACCUCGUGUCGGAUUAUUUGAGAGCGUCGGACACCCAAGUUGCUGUCAUCAAGGGACCUUCCUCCUCCUCGAUUCAAGGGGUGGGACCAGGCAGGACUGAGAUCCAGAUCGUGUCCCCCGUCACCGGUCGCGUCUUGGGAACUAAGGAAAUUCGAGUUUUAAAUGAACGAGUGUCCAUCGCUUCGAUGAAGGUUCAAGUCAUCUCAGGCGUUCAGCUCUCGCUCUUCCCCGAUACAGACUCUGAUAACCAGUUUGUGGCCGAGACGACCAUGUCUUCCAAGUUGUCUGCAAAGUAUCAGGAAGCCCUGCUGGACAUCAAACUCCGAUUUUCGGACAACACCUGGGUGAAGCUGGACGAAAUUGAGAAGGAAAAUUACGUUCUGACCGUGGACAGUCUGGAGCCAAGUGUGGUGGAGUUACCUCCCAUUCAGAACUCAAAGUAUCCCAGAAUUAUCGCUGUGACCGAGGGUGGUGGACCCAUAAUGAGAGUAUCCUUGGAAUUGAGUGACCAAUGUCAUCGCCAAAACUCAGCUGCGCUUGCCAUGUCGGUAGCACCCGUGGAAGUGAAUUUCACGGCCACACCCUCCCGAUCAGAGUUCACGCAGAAUGAUUCCAAUCAAGGAAUGAUUGGAACCUCGAAGCACACAUUUAGAAAAAAUGGGAGAAAAGACAGGAAAAAGGACAGCUCACACCGUUCUCUGCUCCACCAGCAGCAGCAAUCACAUAACAGCAAUGACAUUGGGAUUCCUUUAAAGGACGACAGCUCCAAAGCUUCCAUGUCCUCCCAACACUUUGGCCCAAUUACAGUUGGCUUCAUUCCAGACAAAGGUUGGACCUUUGCUGCUCACAAUACUCCACUGGAAAUUGCCAUGUAUGUCCUUCUCGGAGUCUUCUCCGUGGCAAUCCUCGUAUUCGUAGCGUCCUGCUUCGUCUACGCCUCUCGAGUUAAGAAACGAGAUAUUUCCUCGUCCGAGGAACUCAUGGGCUUCAAAAUGGAUCACCACCACCCCCACCCCGGUUUUGGAAUGGCUCCUGGCAGCCGUCUUCCCCCAGGUGGUGGGGGAUGUACGAAUGCACACGACUGGGUGUGGUUGGGGAGAGCAUCCCUCGCCCUGCAUCCUUCCCUGGAUAGCAACAAACAUCCCGCAUUCUCUACUGCGACGGGCACCUCCUCAAAUCGAGGCAUUCCAUCAAACCCCAUUCGCAUCAUUACAAAUCCCAACUUUGAGAAUAUGCAACAACCCGGAAGCAGCCAACAAGCGACGGAUAACAUGACUCCAUCGACCCCACAAUCUGUCUCAUCUGCACCCGGCUCGUCAUCUCGGCUCUUUGGGAGAAACUCUGGUGGUGGAGGAUCUGCUGCAGGUCCACCACCACGCCCACCAAAGCCAGGUCACUCCAAUUCCAACUCUAUUGAUUCAUCGACAUUCUCCAUGAAACAACAACCUCAAAGCUCUGCUGGGAGUAACAAGGGAGGAGGUCCAUCUAGUCCACAAGGUUCUGGUGGUGAUGGCAGCGGUAGUGCUGGCGACUCUUAUCCAGACUACAGACCUCCAGUCCCACCCCACAGAAAUAUCCCGCUGGGAACUCAUGUCGAUUCGGGGUCACAGUCUCCACCCACAAGAGGAAGUACAAAGUCCUCUUCAUCCCACAAGUCUAGUUCUAAUAGUCAUAGUAGCAACGUAGGUAAGAGUAGUAGCAGCAAAGGCCGAGGCAUCCCAAAUCCAUCCGAUGACCUCCCAAAUCCAUGCUUUCUCGAAUUCCCAGAGCAAAAAAGACGAGAAAGGGAGCAAGCUAGUGCUGCUGCUGCUGCUCUCCGACCUCCAAACAUUGUGGGCAACCCAAUGUCCUACAUUGACGAAGAAUCCGAGAUUGAUGACGACGGGGAUAUCGAAAGACUCACCGUGGCUGCGGCCCUGGCUGCGAGACAAGGUCACAACAAACACAAGGGUGCGCGACAAAAUCUCAACUCCAGCGUGAAGCUAGACAUGGACUAUGACCAAUUGAUGGAGUACUUUGACAACUUGAAGGAAACUGAAGCGUAAUGAGAUUGACAUCAUCUACAAAAACAUUGGCAUAUUUAUAGUACCGACUAUACCCAUCCCGAGAUACAGUAUCACCUCUGAAUGAAAUUACGACUAAAAAUGUUGGUAAUUAUUACAUAAUAGCGUAAUUGAUGAUAAUUCCUAUCCUGUGCAAAAAACCACACACUCACACACGGCUUUACCUCUAAUCAGUUUUAUAAGUAGUUAACUACAUAAAUAACGGGGCAGUUUAUCAGUACAUAAUAAUAAUAGCUAUCAUAGUCAUCAAAUUGUGAAGCCAUAGUGAAUUCUUCACUAGAGGAGAAAGUGAAUCUCAUGCAUUAUACUCAGUAAAUCGUAAACAAUUUACUUGAUGUAAUUAACUGCACACAACCAAAACUUUACUGCACCAAGAAGGAUAUUCAGGAAUAAUUAGUACAUAGUUCCCUUUACGUAGCACAUAUUUAUUUGCGUAAACUGAUAUAAAGGAAAAUUAUCAAUACCAAAAACUGCUAUAUCGAUAUAACCAUUUAAUUUUCUCUCUAUGCGAAGGAUCUCACCCAACAGGAAAGCAAAACACACAAGAAUCUUAACAGCUCUGAAUAAAUGAUCUUGUGAUGUUUUCAACAGUUUUAAUUUUGUCGAAUAUUGCAAUUUAUGAUCAAUCAAUCACAAACCAGCAACGCUGACGCAACGUUCCUAUGUAAAUUAAAAUGUUUUAAAUCAUUUGUGUACAGAAACUUGUUGAAAGUAGAGUUAUUUAUUGGAUGCUAUUAGUAAUUAUUGUAACUCUAAGGUGUAAAUAUAGCAGAUAAUACUUUGUUGAAUGGUGAGAAACGAUUGAGAGUCUAGAAAGGUUUUUAAUGUAAUACUGAAACCAUGCACUCUUUGAUUAAAUUAAUAAUCACGAUUUUCAUAUGAAUUCAUUCCCGAUGAUAUUUUAAACAUUAUUUUUGUACCGCAACCAAAUGAAUUGUUUAUUUACACAAUUUCCGUUUCCUUACAAAUAACACGGAGUAUCAUGAACGAUUGAAAUUCUAUUUACCUGUUCUUACCCUCCUCCACAUUUUACUGGAUAAAAAAAGAUAAAUAAGUGGGCAUUUUACAUAUUUAUGUAAUAAAUAACCUCCCAACACAAGAUUCAUCUGCUGCGAAAUAUAACUUUGUAAACACCAUCCGAAUUUUCAAAGCUUGGCUUAGUUUUGCACUUUUUUGAAGAAAAUGAUAAAAAUUCUAAUCACAAAAUACUAUUAAGAAACUUCACAAUAUGUAAUUGAUGCUGAUAAGUAAGAAAUCCAGUUUCACCGCGACUGCUGCUGUUAUCAAAACAGCAUAAGGUUACUGUAAUAUAGCAUCAUUCAUUAAGCACUACCAUACCACCAAUAUUGUUAGUAUCACCAUAAUUCUAAUUAUUAUUAUUGGAAAUGGAUAAUAUAUUCUUGCCGAACGGCUACAGCACCUCAUUACAAUUAUUAUUCUUAUUAUUCUGGAUUCGAGUAUCAACAUGAAACAUUGGAGAAAGUAAUAACCACUGAGGCACUGAUGGGGUGCUACAAAAUAGUAGUUUUGGCAUUUGCAUUUCCGAAUGGAUGGACAAACUUAGGAAAAAGUGCUUGUGUGGAUCUAUAAGAAAAAAUUAUCUCGCCCAAAAUAAAAUGCCGUAAAACAAAACCCAGCAUAAUUCAAGCAGCUUUGCUCACAGUCUAAAAAUAUUUAUCACUAACUCUGAUUUACUUACUUAUUAACGUAUAUCGUAAGGAACAUAACCCUUUAUUAUUCCAGCGAACCAUUACAACCAUCAUGUAUGCAAUUAAAUAAGUAUAUACACAUGUAACUCAUCAUCCGUAUCAUCAUCAUUACGUGCGUGGUAAAGUUACAUGUAUGUAUUUCAUCAUACUCGUAAAUUAGUGUACUACAUACGUAAUAAUUCCCUCUGUAGUGUUGUUUUAAAUUAAUAUUAACUAUAAAAUACUUAACAUAAGUAAUAUUUAACUAGUGUAGUUAGCUAAAUAAAUAUAUAUAUAAUUGUCACACAACUCUGAGAGUCGAUCUCAUCGACUUCUCAUGGGAGGCAUGGCGUCGUACCGAAAUCUGCAUUUAUCAAUGUACAUUAGAGCGGGGGUAUCAAUUAUUUAUUAGAAUUUUAGUCGUAAUACAUUAUAUUCUUACAUGAUCAUGGAUCUUGCAAUCAUUAUGAAAAAUGGCUAAUAUUUAUUAUAAUUGCAUUUAAGAAAUGGCGAAUGGAAACACGACCAGUUUUAAGAGAUGAAAGAGAAGAAAUUCUUGAGAUGUGGCGAAUUUUGAAAUUAUUUAUUAUAUUUUGAUAUUAAUGUAUAACUUAAAGUGUAAGUCUAUUUUAAAUCCAUAACUUUGUGUUGUAUGUAACUACUAAAGUGAAGUCACAAGAAUAAUAGAUUUGUGAAUCUAUUGCAAUUUUACUGGUUAACUACAUACGAAAACCUAAAGCUUUGACAUGUGAUUUUGUCGCAUUUUUUCAAGUCAAUCUUAUUUACAAUCAGUGCUCGGAUUGAAUUAUUUUAUCAUCCCACGUUAGCCAACUAUAUUACAAGGAAUGAACGACUUCAGAAUUUCCAGAGAUUUACUUUAAGCAGUAAUAAUAAAGGAUAAAUAAACCAUUUUAUGAAUAAUCUAGUCAGCUACAUAAGAACAACUGUACGCGUAUAAACUUAAAGUCAGGAAGACGACAAAUGGCAAAUGCUGACAAAUUGAGAGCAGGAUAACAAUUUAAACUAAGGUAAUAACGGGUUUCAACUGUACGACAUAUUGAAUAUUUAAACUGUUGUUUAAACUGUAGGGAAUAUAUGAAGUAAUAAUGACUACUGGGUUAAAAAUGAGUCUUGAAUAGCAAUAGAAUUAUUAAUACUACAAACUCCCAAGUUAUAAAUUGUAUGACUUUUGAUUAUGAAUGUGCAAAACUUUUUUUUGUGUUUGAAAGGCUGAAUUGAAUAAGGUUUGCUAAACGAGGGAAAUUAUACAACCCAUGUUUCUCAAAAUGAAGCACUUUUAAACAAAAUUAACGUUAUUGUAAUACAACAAAAAAUAUAAUUUUUUUGAUUCAACAUGAAACGGUUAUUAUAAUCCUGUUAAUUAUACAUAAUUGGUACAAUUAGCAACUGUAACAAAUGUAAUGAAUUACGUAGUAGUAGAAAUGAAUUUAUGUUGUCUUGGCCAUCAUUGUUGUAGUCUUUAACUUAAAAAAAUUUAGGUUUGGAGCUUAUCAAAGUCAGUUGGAAUCCCAUUAUUGAUCUGAUUGAUGUAAUGAUGAGAGAGAGGUGUGAAGGAAAAGUGUGCGAUAAAUAAAGCCUCAUCAAUGUUAUGUUACAAAAAA